AUGAAUGACAUCAAACUGGCCCUGCUGGGGAGUGAAGGAGCAGGGAAAUCAGCUGUCUUGGUGAGGUUUCUGACUAAGCGAUUCAUCGGAGAGUACGCCUCCAAUUCCAAUUCUUUAUACCGUAAAAGGCUGUCCAUCGAUGGCAGGCAGCUGAACCUGGAGAUUUUUGAUCCGUGCUCUCAGACCGCAGAGAGCAGGUGUAUCCUGGAGGAGCCAGUGGAAUGGGCGGACGGCUUCAUUGUGGUGUACAACAUUAGUGACCGCACGUCCUUCCUCAACUCCAAAAACAUUCUGCGACAGAUCAGAGAGACUCGCGCGGAGAACUGCAAGGGGGAGGCUGAGGUUCCCAUCUGCCUGGUGGGCAACAAGCAGGACCUGUGCCACGCCCGGCAGGUGUGCGAGGAGGAGGGCCGUACCCUGGCCCAGGAGAACAAGUGCCACUUCCAAGAGGUGUCAGCAGCGGAGAACUACCAGGAGAUCGCUAACCUCUUCACCAAGCUCAUCCGCCAGGUGAUGGAGCACCUGAAGCUCCGCGCCGACCGGCGCCGCUACAGCGGCUCCAAGUCCAUGGCCAAGCUCAUCAACAACGUCUUUGGUAAAAGGAGGAAGUCCGUCUGAGGCUGAGGGCGUGGGCAUGGGGUUCAGAUGCAGGCUUCAGAUGCAGGUUUUGGGCUUCUUGCAGGCUUGG